AUGAUAUCCCCCACGCGUAUGCUGUCUCACGAUCUGGGGUCCAAGAUGUCCACCAACAGCGUGAGUCCAGAUUCAAAAGCAAGCUUCGAUGAAGAAAUGGCACCUCAUCCUGCUUCUUCGUCGUCGUCCACCGUCGGCUCGGCUCCACCUCUACUAGCACAAAUUGGUCGAAGUAGCAGUAGUCUGGCUACUAUCAAACUGACGAACACCCAGAAUGGCUCAGGAGCACAGCUGCAAACCAAGAAAAGAAAAACAUCUCAUGUUCGUGCGUGUGAUGCUUGUGCCAUUCGUAAAGUUAAAUGUGACCUGAAUCGACCUUGUAACCACUGUGUCAGUAACAAGAUAACAUGUACUCUGGUGAGACAACGCAAGAAGUGUGGACCGAAAAAUUUGCACAAAAAGACCUUAGACUCCAUCAGUAGUGUCAGUGUUCCCGACAGCCCAAUCCGCGCUCCAGUACUGACAAAAUAUCUACUUUCCGAUAUAUCCAGCGCUGAGGUGGUGGAGCUUUUGCAAAUGCUCAAUCAGCCAACGGUGUUUUCGUUUCUCGCGCCGCUCACAGUUCCCUCAACGAUCAAAUCUUUUGCAAAGCAUAUCGAGUUCAUCAACGAUAAUUCUGUCAAUGAAGGUAGAAUUCUUGUCGAUCCUACAGAUCCCAUUUUCAUCUCCAAAUUAUCGGUCAUAUUCACCCUUAUACUAAUCUUGAUAGAGAAUUUGAUCAAACUUUUGUCUUUGAAUCACGAGUUUAAUUUUGAAGUACGCAACUUGACGUACUACAAGAACUUCAAACAUCACCUACAAACAAAGUUGUCAGAAACAUUGUCGACUUUGGACAAACUCCUCAUCUUCCCCUCGUUUUCACUCCAAUUCAAACAGCAGAUAACCUACUACAACCAAGCACUUACUUCAUUGCAUCUAUUUCGCUACUACCAAAUUGCAAGUCUCAAUGAACAGCAAAAACUCAUUUACCUUCGGAAAGCCAUCACGUUCUUCCAGCUCGUUAGUAUCCCAGUGGGAAACAAGAGCGACUUGAGUACCGUGCAACUCUAUGAAUUAUACGAAACCGUUUUUGAGCUGGAACGAUUCAAUCUUCUCUUUCAAUUCAAUCUUGUCUUGAAAGACUCCAACUUGCUCUUGCGAGAAUGGGUAUUUUCUGCCUCACUGCAAGUAAGCACCGACUAUGACAACUUCAUGUUUCAAAUGCUCAAAGUGUUAAACAAGUAUGAUCUUUUCAAUGACAAGAUUCUCGGAGCACUUUCAUCGUACGCACUAGUUCCUUCGACGAGUUUCCGAGGAGAAAAUGCCCUUGAGUCUGACGACCGUUACGUACCGCGCGUCAAUUUCGAGGUGUUCAAGAAAGAGUUAGAUAUGGUUCAGGCCAAAUACAGCCCAUCCGACUCCAUCAUCAAGAAUGUCAUCUUGUUCAAAAUAUUGGUGUUUUACUCCAAAAAUCUCUACUUCAAAGUAACUGAUCCUUUGUUCGAAAUCAUCAACGGUAUAAAUGAUGCGUUGGAUCCUUCAGACAAUAUGCUUUCGUUAAGUUUAUCCAACCAACAAGUGAUACCACAUCUCUUACAAUUGUUACGCUUCUAUGUGGAUAUUGAACAGCGGAGCAAUGGUGCACCUGAAUUUGUCAAUAACAAAAGAAGCGUAAUUGAAUUGAGCCAUAAGAUUGUGGCUGUUUCGCCAUUAGGCUACUGCAAUGUCGAUAAUUUGAUCCAAUCCAAUCGUCUGCUCAAAUUUUGGUACGAAAGUCUUCCGCAACCUUAUAACCGCAGCGAUUCAGAAAUGGAAUGGAGACAUAGUGCUGCUAAUGACGCCAAAGAGCCCAACCUAUAUGAGCUUUUAGAUGAGCUAGAGAUAUCGAAUCUCAUUUCCAAUUCACAGACCCCUACCACAGUCAUAUCCAGCUCGGCACCACAAGCGCACACUAUGGCUUUGCUACCACCACGACCCCAUAGCACCCAAUUGGAGCAGGCCAUUUCCAACGGGCCAUCUUCUCAUGUUGAGGAUACAAUGGUCCCGUCAAAGGUUAAUAUCGAAAACGAAGUUGAUUCAAAUGUUACAAGCUUGAGUCCCAGUAUCAACUUGGCCGAUUUCAACCCGGUGCCAAUAACCGCACCUGCACCGCCGGUGAUCACACCGGCCAAUAUUAAGCGAGAAGAGGUGCCGGAAAUGAAUCCGUUGGUUGUUUCAGAAAGCACUAAAAGUCUUUACAACCUCUUUAACCAGGUUCAUGAUGACUUGACUACGACUGCCAGCAGCAAUAGUUUGAGUAAUCUUUUCCAUUUUGGAAUGAACCGAGACUGGAAGCCACCUACGCAGGAAGAGAUCAAGAAUAGUACAUCGGAUUUUAUGCUUUGA